UCCUCCUCCUCCUCCUCACCGCCGGCACCAUGCUGGAUUUCUUCACCAUCUUCUCCAAGGGCGGGCUCGUGCUCUGGUGCUUCCAGGGCGUCAGCGACUCGUGCACCGGACCCGUCAACGCGCUCAUACGCUCCGUGCUGCUCCAGGAGCGCGGGGGCAACAACUCCUUCACCCAUGAGGCGCUCACGCUCAAGUACAAGCUGGACAACCAGUUUGAGCUGGUGUUCGUGGUGGGCUUCCAGAAGAUCCUGACCCUGACGUACGUGGACAAGCUGAUCGAUGACGUGCACCGGCUGUUUCGGGAUAAAUACCGCACCGAGAUCCAGCAGCACAGCGCGCUGGGCCUGCUGCACGGCACCUUCGACUUCCAGAACGACUUCCUGCAGCUGCUGCGGGAGGCGGAGGACAGCAGUAAGGUUCGGGCUCCCCCCGCCAUGAAGAAGUUCGAAGACUCAGAAAAGGCCAAGAAAACUGUGAGGUCGAUGAUCGAGACCCGGGGGGAGAAGCCCAAAGAGAAGCCCAAGGGCGGCAAGAAGAACAAGGGAGCCAAGAAGGAGGGCACCGAAGGCCCCUCGGCCGGCGGCGGAGGCGCCCCGGCGGCGAAGGCGUCUCCCCCGGGGGGCUCCGGAGCCGGAGAGGAGCUGUCCAAGGAGGAGCAGAUCCGCCGGAAGCGUGAGGAGUUCAUCCAGAAGCACGGCCGAGGCAACGAGAGGGCCGGCAAGUCCUCGAAGGCGGAGGCCCCCAAGGAGAAGGGCAAGAAGGCGCCGCGGGUGUGGGCCCUGGGGGGUAGCAGCGGCCACGAGGUCCUGGACUACAGCGCUCCCACCGCCAACGGCACCCCCGAGCCCGCCCCGCCCGAGGACAUCGCCCUGAUCCGCGGGACGCAGGCCGGGGGGCAGCUCAAGGAGCUGGACUGCAGCAGCUCGGACGAGGACGAGGCGGACCGGGCCGCACCGGCCGUGGCCAAACCCAGCGCCCGGAAGGGAGCCCUGGGCGGCAUGUUCGGGAUGCUGAAGGGCCUGGUGGGCUCCAAGAGCCUGAGCCGCGAGGACAUGGAGUCUGUGCUGGACAAGAUGCGGGACCACCUCAUCGCAAAGAACGUGGCCGCGGAGAUCGCCGUGCAGCUCUGCGAGUCGGUGGCCGGCAAGCUGGAGGGGAAAGUCAUGGGGACCUUCAGCACCGUGACGUCCACCGUGAAGCAGGCGCUGCAGGAGUCCCUGGUGCAGAUCCUGCGGCCCCGGGGCCGGGUGGACAUGCUCCGCGACGUCAUGGACGCCCAGCGCCGCCAGCGGCCCUACGUGGUGACCUUCUGCGGGGUCAACGGGGUCGGCAAGUCCACCAACCUGGCCAAGAUCUCCUUCUGGCUGCUGGAGAACGGGUUCAGCGUCCUCAUCGCCGCCUGCGACACGUUCCGCGCGGGGGCCGUGGAGCAGCUGCGCACCCACGCGCGCCGCCUCACCGCCCUGCACCCGCCCGAGAGCCACGGCGGCCGCACCAUGGUGCAGCUCUUCGAGAAGGGCUACGGCAAGGACGCCGCCGGCAUCGCCAUGGAGGCCAUCGCCUUCGCGCGGAACCAGGGCUACGACGUGGUGCUGGUGGACACGGCCGGCCGCAUGCAGGACAACGCCCCCCUGAUGACCGCCCUGGCCAAACUCAUCGCCGUCAACACGCCCGACCUGGUGCUGUUCGUCGGGGAGGCCCUGGUGGGCAACGAGGCUGUGGAUCAGCUGGUGAAGUUCAACAAGGCCCUGGCUGACCACUCCGUGGCCCAGACCCCCCGCCUCAUCGACGGCAUCGUCUUAACCAAGUUCGACACCAUCGACGACAAGGUGGGAGCCGCCAUCUCCAUGACUUACAUCACGAGCAAGCCCAUCGUCUUCGUGGGCACCGGCCAGACCUACUCCGACCUGCGCAGCCUCAACGCCAAGGCCGUGGUGGCCGCCCUCAUGAAGGCCUAGCCCGGCCCUGCCGCUGCCCCCCGGCCCCGUCCUGCCCCCCCCCCCCCCCCCCAUCAAGAAUGCGCUUCAGUCCGCGAGCGACUUGUCAGUGUUACGCACGGAUCCGGAGGGGGCCGGGGAGGGGGUUGGCCUCGUCCCGCUUUGCUCCCCGGGGUGCCGGGCUUCAGCCGCCGGAGACGGGAAACCCCCUCCCUCCCUCGACCCUUCUCCUCCCCCCGGGCCCCAUCCUGUGCAGGGGUGGGAAGCAUUCACGGUUGCUGCUAAUUGACUGACGACCUCCAUUCACUCACGUCUUCAAAAACCAAAAAAAAAAAAAGCCCAGCCAGGGCCACAGAGGCCGCCCGUCCCUCCGCCCCCCAAACCCCCUUCCCUCUCCUCCAGCGUGCCUGGUAUCUGCGUGCAGCGGGGCAGAACCCAGAACCCAGCCCUCGGGCCCCCCGGGCAGCGAGCACCCCGCCCUAGCUUGGUAUUGCAGAUGUGUUGGUAGUGCAAUAAGGUGAAGGCUGUCCGCCCAGAGAAAUACAUAAUUUAUAUAAGAAAAUAAAUUUCAUAAAUAAAGGCCGCUCGCGCGUGGGGA